AUGUUUGGUAAAAGAACUCCAUCGAUAUUUAAAAAAAAUAAGAAUGACGAAUCAAAGUGGAAUGAAGAUGAUACUUUGAUCGAUGAGAGUAAAUAUGAUAAGUCUAAGUCUCGUCCUGAAGGUUCUAUAACCUCAUCUCUUUUACACAGAUUAGACAGUAUGAAACUUGAAGAUGAACGUCUUAAACGAUAUGAAGAUGAUUUAAAGAGUUCAGAGAACAGAAUUGCUGCUUUACGUGAAAAACGUGAAAGGACUAUAACUGCUACACUUCGUAAAAUCAAAUUAACAAUGAAUGUUGACCUUUGCUUUGUUCUAGACUGUACUGGUUCUAUGACCAGUUAUAUUGAAACUGCAAAAAAUUGUAUUUUAAAAGUGACUGCUUACAUGAAGCGUAUUAACCCAAAUAUUACUAUUUCCGUCGGUUUCUGUGGAUAUCGUGAUUUUUGUGAUGGCAAGGACCGUAUUCAAUAUUUAGAUUUUACCAAUUCGUACGAAAAAUUCAGAGAAUACAUAAAGAAUAAUGUAAAGGCUAAAGGAGGUGGUGACGGUCCAGAAGAUGUAUUAGGUGGUCUUGAUGCUGCAAUAACAAAAAUGUCUUGGUCCCAUGCCACUAGAGUCAUUCUACACAUCGGUGAUGCACCACCACACGGUCGUAAAUUCACUCUCAUGAGUGAUAGUUAUCCAGGAGGCGACCCAAAUGGUCUAACAGCAGAAAGUAUCAUGAGUAAAAUGCAAUCAUCGAAAAUCUUAUACUUUUUCGGGAGAAUCACUGAUGACACUGAACAAAUGAUUAAUGUGUUUCGUGGAAUAAUUGGACAGUUCGCUGUGUUUGAUCUCAAGAUUACCGGUGGUGAUCCAGAAGAAUUACUUACUAAAUUUUAUCAUGCUACCUGUUCAGCAAUUACUUCUUCAGUUUCCUUGAACAGCACUAUUUUAAAAGAUUCUUUUAACAUAUAUAAUUUGCAGAAAAAAAAACUUAAUAUAAAUCAACAUGAACCUAAUUGGACAACUCUUCCGGAGCUGAGUGGGAAACUUUUAUCGUUUAAACUUCCUAAAAAAUUGGGUGAUAUUAAAAACGAAAAGUAUUUCAGCAAUUCAAACCUUACAGUCAAUAGUAUGACCUUUAAAGUUGCUCCACAACCAUUCUCUGUUGGCGCAGAACGGUACGCAUAUUUUGGUAUUGAUACUCAACGGGAUAAAUCAGAGAAAUUGGUAAUGAAACAAUAUUAUGAUACUGAAAAAAGAGGUGAUUCCAUUGAACGAUAUCUUGAAUCUGCUGAAGUUUCUUGUAUCGCUCAUUUUCUUGCAACAGAAUUCAAUUCAGUAGCUGAACGUAUUGGUAUCAAAAAGAGGGUUAAAUUUAUCUAUGUGAAAAUUUUGAAACAAAACAAAAUCGAACAAUAUUAUUCAGUAGAAGGGUAUUUUCGUGAUGCUGAAUUUAAACGUUUCAACGUGAAUAGUGGUGUAAUUACAGAAUUUCAUUCUACUCUUGAAGCGUUUGCACAUUUCACAUAUAAUUAUACUAAAGGUUAUUUGGUAGUUUGUGAUUUACAAGGUAUUGAGCUUGAAAAUGAGUUUUUAUUAACAGAUCCUGCGAUACAUUGUGUUGAUUCUUUAAGGUUCGGAGGAACAAAUCUCGGAGAGAAAGGAAUCAAAGAAUGUUUCUUAAAUAAUCAUAGUUGUAAUAAUGUUUGUAGGAAGUUAAAGCUAAAAAUUUAA